AUGAACGCUACUGGUCGUCACGAGAAUGCACAGCUGAGCCAACAAAAUGACUGUGGGAGGCAGACAUAUCAUGAAAAUUUCGUCAACCAAAUCGCCAAUAGCAUCACAGAAUUCCAUUAUGACCUUGAUGCUGGUCGAACCUUCGAUUCGUGGUUCAGACGUUACGAAGAUAUUUUCGCAGUCGAACUGAAGAACAAGAGUGAUGCCUAG